AUGGCGACCCAAAUCCCGGUCGACCCCACGGCGAGUGCGGCCAAUACCCUCAAGCUCGAGAAUACUCACAAUCGAGAUGUCCUUAUAGCGAUUGAGAAAAAGUACCAGAAAGAAUGGCAAAAGAACAAAGUCUUCGAGUCCGACGCGCCCUCGACGAGCGAGAUUCCUUUCGACUCGGUCCCCGCCGCAGAUAUUCGAGAAAAACACCCCAAAUAUUUUGGCACCUUUGCCUAUCCUUAUAUGAAUGGCGCACUGCACGCUGGACACAGUUUCACGGCCAGCAAGGUCGAGUUUACCACUGGGUUUGCCCGCCUGACCGGAAAGCGAGCACUGUUCCCGUUGGGCUUUCACUGCACGGGCAUGCCGAUCAAGGCUUGCGCAGACAAACUCGUUGAGGAUGUGAGAAAGUUCGGGCAGAACUUUGAGAACUACCAUGAAGACGGGGACGAGGCGGAGCACAAUGGAGUCCCCGUUGCGCCGACACAAGGAGUCAAUGUCAAGGACGACAUCACAAAGUUCAAGAGCAAGAAGAGCAAACAGACUGCAAAGACGGCCAAGGCCAACUACCAGUUCCAGACCAUGUUAGCUAUGGGCAUCCCAAAGGAAGAGAUCCACAAAUUCGCAGACGCAAACUACUGGCUGGAGUAUUUCCCGCCUCUGUGUGAGCAAGAUCUGAACGACUUCGGUGCGAGGAUAGACUGGCGGAGGAAAUUCGUCACCACCGACGCAAAUCCGUACUACGACGCCUUCGUGCGAUGGCAGAUGAAUCGUCUGAAAGAGAUGAACAAGAUCCUCUAUGGCAAGAGAUACACCAUCUACAGUCCUAAGGACGGGCAGCCUUGUAUGGACCACGACCGGACCAAGGGUGAAGGUGUCGGCCCUACAGAGUAUACCGCGCUGAAGCUAAAGGUCAAAGAAUGGUCAGCGGAAGCGGCCAAGGUUGUUGAGUCGAAGAUUCCUGCAGACGCCAACGUUUAUUUUGUGCCAGCGACUUUAAGACCCGAGACCAUGUAUGGCCAAGUCUGCUGUUUCGUUGGACCCAAGAUAGACUACGGCGUUUUCAAGGUCUCGGAAAAGGAGUAUUACGUGAUCACCAAGAGGGCAGCCUGGAACAUGGCGUUCCAAGGCACGUUUUUCAACCAAGAGAACUUCCCACGGGAUCAGAAGGAGUUGCAACCCGUGGUGGAGUUGCCUGGAUCUGCCUUCAUCGGCACAUUGGUCGACGCGCCUCUAUCGGUCCACAAAGAAGGCGUUCGGAUACUGCCCAUGGAAACAGUCUCGGCGACCAAGGGUACAGGCGUUGUCACCUCGGUACCUUCGGACAGUCCAGAUGACUAUGCAACAAUGAGAGAGCUGGCCAAGAAAGCAGAGUUCUACGGUAUCAGGAAGGAGUGGGCCGAACUUGAAAUCAUCCCGAUCAUCGAUACUCCAGCCUACGGAAAUCUAGCAGCCAAGCAUUUGGUCGAGACGAAGAAGAUCCAGUCUCCAAAGGACACCGCACUGUUAGCGGAGGCAAAGGAUCUCGCCUACAAGGAAGGCUUCUACAAUGGAACCAUGCUGAUUGGCGAGUUCAAGGGCGAGAAAGUCCAAGACGCGAAGGACAAGGUGCGCAGCGCUCUGAUCAAGUCUGGCCAUGCUCUUCCUUUCGCCGAUCCUUCGGCCGAAGUCAUCAGUCGGAGUGCAGAUGAGUGCGUGGUCGCGUAUGUGCCUCAAUGGUUCUUGAACUAUGGCGAGAACGACAAGGAAUGGCAACAGACAGUUGUGGACUACGUCAAGGACAAGAACGGCCUCGAGACAUACAUACAGGAGGCCGAGAACCAGUUCGUUGCAAACCUGGAAUGGCUGAAUCAAUGGGCGUGCGCAAGAACAUACGGUCUUGGAUCGAAGCUGCCUUGGGACGAGUCGUUUUUGGUGGAAAGUCUGAGCGACAGCACCGUCUACAUGUCCUACUACACCAUCGCACACUACCUGCACGGCGACAAGUUUGGCAAGACGCCUGGCUUGCUCGACAUCAAGCACGAGCAAAUGACGGACGAUGUGUGGGAUUAUGUCUUCACACGAACAAACGAUGUGGAGAAAGUGUCGAAGUCGACGAAGAUCCCGGUUGAAGCACUGCACACUCUACGGCGGUCUUUUGAGUACUGGUAUCCUCUCGACAUGAGAUCCUCGGGCAAAGACUUGAUCCCCAACCAUCUCACCUUCUUCCUCUACUGCCACCUCGCCCUCUUCCCCCGAGAAUACUGGCCAAAAUCUGUACGAUCCAACGGUCACUUGCUGCUCAACGGCGACAAGAUGAGCAAGUCGACGGGCAAUUUCCUGACGCUAAGCCAGGCGGUCAAGAAAUUUGGGGCAGAUGCGACGCGGAUAGCGCUCGCCGACGCAGGCGACGGCAUGGAGGACGCCAACUUUGAAGAGAAAGGGGCCAACGCCGCGAUCAUGCGAAUGUACACCCUCAAGGAGUGGAUCGAGGAUACGCUCAAGGACGACGGGCUACGCAAGACCCAAGGCGACGUCAUCUGGGACAAAAUGUUUGAAGACGAGAUGAACCUGUUGGUCCAUGAAGCGUACCAGCAUUACUCGGAAACGAACUACAAGGUCGCCCUCAAAUCGGCCCUCUACGACUUUCAAUCCGCGCGAGACUUCUACCGCGAAGCCUGCCUCUCUUCUGGAAACGCCCUCUCCCGACCUCUCGUCCUCCGCUACGUCGAGCUACAAGCCCUGCUCAUCUGCACCAUUGCCCCCCACUGGGCCGAGUACAUGUGGCUCGAAGUUUUGGGCAAGCCGUCCUCGAUCCAAAAAGCCACCUGGCCAACGGGCAUCCCGCAAGGAGACCCCUCGCUCACGGCCGCGCGAGAAUACGUCAAGACGACAUCCUCGAACAUCACCUCGGCCGAGGCGCAGGCCGCGAAGAAGAUGGCAAAAGGCCGCUCCGCUGCCUUUGACCCGCGCAAACCCAAACGCAUCACCAUCUUCGUGGCCAAGAAUUUCCCAGCCUGGCAGGACAAGUACGUCGAGCUCGUCCGGCAGGCGUUUGAGAGUAGCACGUUGAAUGACGACAAGGCCAUCAAUGGCCAAGUCGCCAAGCUGGGUGGCAAGAGCGGCGAGAUGAAGAAAGCAAUGCCCUUUGUGCAGGGGCUCAAAAAGAGACUCCUCGUCCAGGGGGAGGCCCGGGAGGCCGUCUUUGAGCGGAAACUCCCGUUCAACGAGGUCGAGAUCCUGCAGGAGAUGAGGAAGGGGUUGAUGAAGACGACGGGCUGUAGGGAGGUGAUUGUCGUGGAAGUGGGUGAGGAUAAUCGCGAGGGGCUGCCUUCGGUCGUCGAGCACGCCGUGCCUGGGCAGCCGAGCUUUUUGUUCGAGAACGUCGAGGGUCAGUAG